AUGGCAAAGUGGUUCCGAGAUUUCCCCAUCAACCUGAAAAACGGACACGAACGAGUCCGCUCGGCCUCCGAAUCUGGCCCCCAAACCCGACCCAAACAUGCGUUUUCACGAGACAGCUUGAAAGGGAACCAGCGCAAAGACUGCGGAGGAGGAGGAGGGGGUCUGUUAGCUGGAAAAAACAGGAAAAAUUCAGCAACAGAGCUGGGUCGGAACAAUAAUAAUACUGGAUACGGUGGGACGGUGUGGGAAAGUCUCACCACCGGUAAAGGUCGGAGGAGCUCCAAAAAUGAGAGUCAGACUGCGGGGCCGGAUGAAACCCGCCAGGUGAGGACCUCGAGCCUGGCGCAGGCGUACAUCAGCAGGAUGAUCAAAGUGGACAAACAGGACAAGAGCCCGAAACUGGACGGGAUCAGUGAGCAGAAGCUGUCCGAGAACGAGAAGGGGAGGCCCGACGUCAAAACCACGCUAAUAAUCCUGGAGGACUACGCAGAUCCUUUUGACGCAGAGAAAACCAAGGAGCAGAGAGAAGCUGAGCGAGCAGGGGUGAAUGAUGGGUACAUGGAGCCAUACGAUGCCCAGGUCAUCAUCACAGAGGUUCGUAGACGGGGCUCCAAAGACCUCCUGAAAGUGUGUGUGCUGCUGGACCGAGGUCAGAAAGAGAGCAAGGAGGAGGAGGGCACACCGCCGCCCCCGAACAUCUACGACACACCCUACGAAGGCGGACUGGACGGCGACAGCGACGGGGUGUGGAUCCCUGUCACCCGACCGGAGUCUGAUGUCCGUCCGGCUGGGGAGUACGAAUUGCCCUGGGAGUGGAGAAAGGAGGACAUUGUUAGAGCAUUGUCAGCUCAGUUUGAGGCCGUGGAUUGUUCUUUCAGCAAAGAGAACGUCUCAACAAGCAGCCGUCAGCAGCAGCAGCAGCAGCAGACUCUGAGGCAGAGGAACUGGAGCCAUAAAACUCUCGUCUCAACGUCUCCAUCCACUUCCACCUCCUCUUCCUUUCCGUCCUCUCCUAUUCUCAAACUCUCCCCUCUCACUUCUUCUUCUUACCCCACCCUUAAACUCGCGCCCCUCUCGCCCUCUUCCAGCCCCACUAAACUCUCUCCUCCAUCUCCUACCUCCACCCUCGCCCCACUGGAUGGGGAGACAGCCAAACUGGACUCCAGCCUUCCUCUGGAGAAGCAAAGCUGGUACCACGGCGGUGUGAGUCGGCAGCAGGCCGAGGCUCAGCUGCAGCGCUGCAGGGAGGCCAGCUUCUUGGUGAGAGACAGCGAAUCAGGAACCAGCAAGUACUCCAUCGCUCUCAAGACCAGUCAGAGUUGCGUGCACAUCAUCGUGGCGCAGACUAAAAGCAGCAAGGGCUUGGGCUACACGCUGGAUCAGAGCAGCUGUGUCUUUUCCAGCAUCCCCGAACUGGUGCAUCACUACUGCUCCCACAGACUGCCUUUCACAGGAGCCGAGCACAUGACCCUGCAGCACCCAGUGCCCAGGCAACACUGAGCAGAAACGCAUCCCAUCAAACGUGCCGGCGUGUGCAC